UGAUUCGAGCAGGUGUAUAUAGUGAAAUUGACGGAAAAGUCGAACUUGUCGUCUUGAUGCCAUUGAGACCGUGAUGCGAAGUAUAUGCAUGCCCAAUUGACAUCUGGAAGUAAAUAUGUAUGUAGAGCAACAGGCCAAUCAGCGUGUAGAAUUGCCAAGAGGGCAGGCCGACCGCCGACAGUUGUCGAGUAGAGGACACCAAGCACCUUCCACCUUUAACAAUCGCAACAACAACACCACCACCGACAAUCACAACGCCGUGCUCCAUGUCGACUCCGCUACUUGACGUCUGGGAGGCUGCUUCUGCCUCACCCUUCCAACCCAUCGUCUCAAAGGACAACGAGUUCACGCUGGGCUUUACCCUGCUGUUGUUCUCUCUCUUCAUUGGCGGCGUCUUCAGUCUGAAUCGAUCGUUCAUCAACCUCCCACUUCUGGGAGUCCCCGCCUCAAUAGCAUUCGGGUACGCGACCUCUCCACAGCUUCCCCAUAACUGCUGA